AUGGAGAUCGCGCGGUCCGCCGCCGCCGUGGGCUGCUCCAAGGAGCACCAGAGGAUCUACGCCGACUGGUUCGCCAUCGCCGACCCAGAUGGAGACGGGCGCGUCACGGGCGCCGACGCCACCAAGUUCUUCGCCAUGUCCGGCCUCUCCCGCGCCGACCUCAAGCAGGUUUGGGCGAUUGCUGACUCCAAGCGGCAGGGUUACCUCGGCUUCGGCGAGUUCGCGGCCGCGAUGCAGCUCGUAUCUCUGGCUCAAGCGGGGAAUGAGAUCACCCAGGACAGUCUCAAGCGUGAAGAUCUGAGUAGCUUCGAUCCUCCUGUGAUGAAAGGUCUUGAUGAGCUGCUUGCUAGAUCAAUGGCUAUUGUGAAUGUAGUUCGCCCACAAGAAAAUGGCACCCCUCAGGUGCAAGCACCUUCUACAAACAGCUGGUUCAGUUCCAAAUCAGCAAAGAAGAUUCAAACGCCUCUGACUGCUGUUACUUCUGUAAUUGAUGGCUUGAAAAGACUGUACAUCGAAAAACUGAAGCCUUUAGAAGUUGCAUACCGGUUCAAUGAUUUUGCCUCUCCAUUGCUGACGAACAGCGACUUCGAUGCGAAGCCAAUGGUUAUGCUCUUAGGUCAAUAUUCUACAGGGAAAACAACAUUCAUUAAGCACCUGUUGAAAACAAACUUCCCAGGAGCUCAUAUCGGACCAGAGCCCACUACUGACAGAUUUGUGGUUGUGAUGUCAGGAUCUGAUGAAAGGACUGUUCCUGGCAAUACAAUUGCAGUCCAAGCCGAUAUGCCUUUCAAUGGUCUCACGACAUUUGGGGGUGCAUUCCUAUCAAAGUUUGAAUGCUCUCAGAUGCCACAUCCUCUACUGGAUCAUAUCACCUUUGUCGACACUCCUGGUGUUCUCUCUGGUGAAAAGCAAAGGACCCAGCGUAGUUAUGAUUUCACUGGUGUAACUUCAUGGUUUGCUGCAAAGUGCGAUGUUAUUCUUCUAUUGUUUGAUCCUCACAAGCUCGAUAUCAGUGAUGAAUUCAAGCGUGUCAUUUCUUCUUUACGUGGGAAUGAAGACAAAAUACGUGUGGUGCUGAACAAGGCAGAUCAAGUUGACACUCAGCAGCUUAUGAGAGUGUACGGUGCGCUGAUGUGGUCUCUUGGGAAAGUUCUAAACACCCCUGAGGUUAUGCGUGUCUACAUUGGGUCGUUCAAUGACAAACCUGUGAAUGAAUCAGCUGUUGGGCCAAUUGGAAAGGAAUUGUUUGAGAAAGAGCAAGAGGAUCUCCUUGCUGACCUGAAAGACAUACCUAAGAAGGCUUGUGAUCGCCGGUCAAUGAGUUUGUGA